AUGACUGCCGAACAGCCAAUUCGAUCCCGCGAAGGAUUUGUUCGGAAGCCUGGUCUGGGAGCGGCGUCGCUGAGCGAGCACUUCAUCGUAAGGAAUAUGAAGGGUUCUUCAAAGGCAUCAGUUACUGGUGUUCCAAAAUCAGAUAAUCCACGCUCAGGAAAAGACUACAAAAUGCAUCUGUCAAAUAUUGGAAAGAGAAAGGCAGUACAACAAGCUAGUGAAGAUAUUUCAGCUCAAAGGAUCCAGAGAGCUUGGUUAUCUCAUAUGGACAAAACAAUAUUUCAACUCCUAAAGCACACAGUUUGUGCGGCGGAAUGUUGUGUGACACAUGAAAUACUGAAGAAAGUGAGCCCCUUAGAGGCUGAGCUCCUGAAAGAUCCUAGCAUGAAGUGUAAAGUUAGAUUCAGAUUUAGUGGUGAAACAUUUCCACCUUUCAUCGUAUUUAAAAUUUUUCUUCAUACUGAAGGCCAUGGUAACAAGUAUUUCAGCGGGAAAAAAGUAUUUAAGCCAUCAAAUGAGGGAGUGGCUGAUGCUUGCAAAAUGAUGGGGAAAAAGAAGUUUUACCAUCAAGUUAUGGAAGAUGAACAUCUUUUCCAGAAAUUCAAAGUAACUGAUGAAAUAGAUAUUGUCACCCUGAAAGAUUAUAUGCAAUAUUCCAGUCUCCUGGAUGAGACCCCUGCAUCUUCUGGUGGCAGAAAUAACUACUGGCGAAAAUUAAAUCUCAAAAACAUCCCCAGGACAAUGAUAAUAUAUGACAUAGUUGAUUAUGCAGAGUCUGGAAUAAUCUCAAACCGUCUACAAAAAGAAAUGAAGUAUCUAUUACGGAGACCACAAACAGAAGAGAUGCGUCAACACCAGCUACAGAUUGUUUCUGAAGUUAGAUGCCCUUCAUCCUUUUCAGCUAUCAAACCUUUAUAUCGGCCCUACCGACAGCAGAAUCAAAUGAAACAUCUGGGUCGUCGAUCCAAGCAAGCUCAAAUGAAAGUUGAAAAAAUGAAAAAAGCCUAUAAGAUGGCUAAAGAAAAAACUGCUUCCGUGGGGAUGGAACCACAAACGGACACACGAGGUACAAAGCAGCGACAGGCAAUCAUCUUCUCUACCCCACCUUUUGACAUCGUGAAAGUUGAUGAGCUCAUGCGAGAUGAGGAAUUGGAAAAACAAGAAAAGGAGUUGUUCGCCUGGUAUCAAGACUUGUAUAUUAAUAGUCCUCCAUCAUCUUAA